AUGUUGAAGAAUUUGAAAGAUGUGAGGAGUUUUCAAUGGACGAAGGAAUGCCAAAAAGCCUUUGAAGACCUCAAUGCAUACCUCGCCGAUCCAUCGCUAUUGACGAGACCAGUACCUGAAAAGGAGUUGCUCCUGUACUUGGCAACAUCACCGGUGGCUGUGAGCUCCAACUUAAUAAGAGAAGAAGAUGGAGUCCAAAGACUAGUGUACUAUGUCAGUCACGUCCUGUUGGACGCAGAAAUUCGAUAUCCCCAGAUUGAGAAGCUCGCAUUUACGCUGGUGAAAGCAGCCCGGAAGCUUAGGCUGUACUUCCAAGCCUACCUGAUAGUGGUCAUGACUGACCAACCUUUAAAAAAGGUACUCCACAAGCCUGAUGUAUCCGAAAGAUUGACAACCUGGGCAAUUGAGCUGAGCGAGUACCAGAUCGAGUACAGGCCUAGAACGGAUAUGAAAGGCCAAGCUCUAGCGGACUUCGUAGCUGAAUGUACGCAGAGCGAGAACGAGCUAGAGGAGGAGAUCGUGCCGAAAGAAAAAAUCAGCCCAGAGCCAUCUUGGACAAUGUUCGUGGAUGGAUCAAGUAACGCGAAAGUCAGGGGAGCAGGCUUCAUCUUAACAAGCCCGGAAGGCUUCAAAAUACUGUUCGCGCUAUGCCUGCACUUUCCUGCCUCCAAUAAUGAGGUUGAGUACGAAGCGCUGAUUGGGGGGCUACAAAUCACAAAGGCUGUACAGGUCAGAAAUCUAGCCGUACGGGCUGACUCACAGCUGGUCGUGAACCAAGUCAACAGGGAUUAUGAGGCCAAGGAUGAUCGGAUGGCAGCAUAUUUGAAAGAAGUGAAACAGUUACUGAGCUUGUUCGAGAGCUUCGAGAUAAUCAGGGUUCCGUGUUGUAAAAACGAGAAGGCGGACGCACUUUCCCGUUUGUCUAAAGAAGAGCUAGCACAACUUGACAACUCAGUAUAUGUUGAACAACUUUAUGGACCCGCUCAUCUAGCUCGAGAGGUCACACAGGUCGAGGUCGAGCCCAGCUGGAUGGACCCGAUUGUCGCUUAUCAGAAAGAUGAUGUCCUACCCCAAGAUAAAAUGGAGGCACAAAAGGUUCGAGGUCGUGCCGCCCGGUAUACUCUAAUAGAAGGAGAGCUUUACAAAAGGUCAAUCACAGGCCUGUUGCUGAAAUGUUUAACUCCCACACAUGCCCCGAAUGCCUUGACAGAGGUCCAUCAAGGCAUAUGCGACAGUCACAUGGGGGGACGCCACCUGGCCUAUAAAGUACUGAGAGUUGGACUCUAUUGGCCCAACAUGCAGAAGGACGCCAUCUAG